AAUAGGCGUUUGCGUAGCUCCACGUGUGUUGUUAUUCUCGUGCUUUUAUGACACAUGGUCAGCUUGGAAUCGGUGAUUUUGUUGAUUCUUUCGUAAUUUUUUCUAUAAUUAAUGCACUAAACUUUAAACACAAAAAUGGAAUCGUUCGAAGACACUGAAGACCCAUUUCCUAUCGCAAAGAAGAGCAAGAAAAAGCAGGGUGAUGGUUUCAAAGGAAUGGGCUUGAGUCACUCGAUUUUGAAGGGAAUUCAAAAGAGGGGAUACAAAGUUCCAACUCCGAUUCAAAGAAAAACAAUUCCUGUAGCACUGCAAGGCAGAGACAUGGUUGCAAUGGCUAGAACUGGUAGUGGAAAAACGGCCUGCUUUUUGAUUCCUCUUUUUGAAAAGCUGAAGGGCCGAGUUGCAAAAUCAGGCGCUAGAGCAAUGAUCCUUUUGCCAACAAGAGAAUUGGCACUACAAACUCUAGGGUUUAUAAGAGACAUUGGAAAAUUUACGGACUUAAAAAGCUGCAUGAUCUCUGGUGGAGACAACAUGGAAAGCCAGUUCGAAGCUAUUCAUGGCCACCCGGACAUUAUCGUAGCAACCCCAGGCAGAUUUGUACACCUUUGUGUCGAGAUGGAACUUAAGCUGAAUGAAAUCGAAUUUGUUGUAUUUGAUGAGGCUGAUAGGCUUUUUGAAAUGGGAUUUGGAGAACAACUGAAAGACAUUUGCGCCCGACUUCCGAAAGGAAGACAGACUCUGCUUUUCUCAGCCACACUUCCAAAAUCUUUGGUUGAAUUCACCAGGAUUGGGCUCUCUGACCCUGUAUUGAUCCGAUUGGACGUCGAAUCAAAGUUGUCUGAAAAACUUGAAUGCAACUAUAUCUGGUGCAGACAGGAAGAGAAAACGUCAGUGCUCCUGUGUCUUCUGCGCAAAUUGGCUGAAAUGCAUGCCAACAGAUAUGAGAAACCUCAAAUUAUCAUUUUUGCAGCAACGAGACAUCACGUUGAGUUUAUCAAUACGAUUUUGGGUUUGGCAAAUAUCACCAGCACUUAUUUGUACUCAAACUUGGACCCAUCUGCCCGAAAAAUCAGCGUCGGAAAGUUUCGCAAUCGCUUGGUCCAGGCGUUGGUGGUCACUGAUAUUGCCGCAAGAGGUAUCGACAUUCCUGAAGUGGGGGUUGUGAUCAAUUACCACUUUCCGGCCACCCCAAAGUUGUUUGUGCACAGAGUCGGUAGGUGCGCCAGAGCUGGAAAAUCUGGCGAAGCUUACACAUUCACCACCAAGGAAGACAUUCCCUAUUUGCUAGACUUGCAUCUAUUUCUGGGGAAACCUUUUGAUCCCAGUCAGCUUGGCCGAGUCCCGGCUGACUUGCUGGAGGAAGAUCAAGCACUUUUGUUGGAGUGGCAUAGAGAAAAAGCAGAUUUGGAAAGUAUGGAAAAUGUGUGCAACAAUGGAUACUCAAAGUAUUUAAAAUCAAAACCUGGAGCGUCCAAUGAUAGUAUCAAAAGAAGUAAACAGUUGGCACUGUCGGUCAAUACUUCUCACCCAAUUUUUGGCACGGAUAUUACCAAAGAAGGAGAUGAUUUGUUAAAAAGAAUGAAAAACUACAAGCCAAAAGCCACUAUAUUUGAAAUAUCAAACUUUGGAGUAAAGGAGAUGAAGCAAAAGAGAAGCUAUCACGAAGGAGCGAUUGCAAGUCACAGGAAGAGAGGCCAGAAUGAGCCAAUACCCACCGCUAAGAGCAAGAGAAUUAAGUUGAGAGCAGAUGACAAUUAUGUGCCUUACUUACCGGAAGAUCACCAUUCUGAAUUUGGCUUGGCUGUAAAUAAUUUUGAACAAGCAGCAAGAAAAGUUGGAAUGGAUGUGAUGGGAGACGAAGAAAAACACAUUCAGUUGCAAGACAGAAUGAAGAAGUGGGACUCGAGGAAGAAGAAAAUGGUUGGCCAGAAGACGACGCAAAAGAAAAUCAGAACUGAGUCUGGUGUUUGGAUUUCCGCUACUUAUAAAACUGGCAAAUACAAGCAAUGGAAGGACAAGUCGAAGGCUGAUGAGCAAGACGAUGAUGAUGAAGAAGAGGGUGGUGCUCGUCCAGACAACAGACAGCUUCAGAUAAGAGGGUGGAAAAAUGCUGGUCCUGGCAAGGGAAAGAAAGUAAGGUCAGAGCUCAAGAGACCAGAACAAAUCCACAAAGUAAGAGAAAAGAAGCUACGAGCUAUGGAGAAAUCCAAGAAGAAGAAGCCAAAGGGCAAAGGUAAGCCACGUAGGAAGUAGUGCGCUAUGUUUUGGGAAACAUGUUAAUGGGAUUUCAAAAGAAUAAAAAUCAAUAUUAUCUAUUUCAUUGCAUAUAAUUAACAACUAAAAUACAUUAAGUCCUAUAGCAUGGAGUGCAUCGUUUCACAAGUGUAAACUCUUGUAUAUAAAAUAUAUAGUUGUGUAUACUUUUUUCCCAUCAGUUAAAAUUUCAAUUUAGGCAAGAUUGGAUUGCACAUUGCAUUCUGACAUACCAGAGUUAAAAAUUGAGGUGU